AUGGAUACUUUCAGUGAAUCAGGUUAUUUUUGGAAAGGUGGUCAAACACUUAAAGUACCUAUGGAAUUAUUUAAAUUAAAUCGUCAACGUUUAUGUGAAGCAUUACGUAGUCAUCGAACAUUACCAUCAGAUUCAUUUGUUCUUUUACAAGGUGGUACAAGUGAAAUGCGUUAUUGUAGUGAUCAUGAACCAUUAUUUCGUCAAGAAUCUUAUUUUCAUUGGACAUUUGGUGUUAUUGAACCUGAUUUUAUUGGUGCAAUUAAUAUUCAAAAUAAUCAAUCAAUAUUAUUUAUACCACGUUUACCACCAUCGUAUGUUGCUUGGAUGGGUAAAAUAAAAGAACCUGAUGAAUAUAAAAAAAUUUAUCAUGUUGAUCAUGUUUAUUAUGUUGAUGAAUUAGAAAAAACUUUUGAUGAAUUAGUUGGUACAUCAAAAUUAAUUCUUGUUUUACAUGGUUUAAAUACUGAUAGUGGAAGUGAAUCGAAACCAGCAAAUUUUAAUGGAAUUGAAAAAUUUCAUCUUGAUAAAACAACAUUACAUCCAAUUAUUACUGAAUGUCGAGUUUUAAAAACAGAUUUAGAAUUAGAUGUUUUAAGAUAUACAAAUAAAAUUAGUUCCGAAGCACAUAAAUUUGUUAUGCUUAAUAUUAAAGAUGGCAUGUAUGAAUAUGAAACUGAAGCAUUAUUUCAAUAUUAUUGUCAUCGUUAUGGUGCAAUGCGUCAUAUGUCUUAUACAUGUAUAUGUGCAACAGGUGAAAAUCCAGCUGUACUUCAUUAUGGUCAUGCUGGUGCACCAAAUGAUCGUCAAUUAACAUCGAAAGAUAUGUGUUUAUUUGAUAUGGGUGGUGAAUAUUAUUGUUAUGCAUCAGAUAUAACUUGUUCAUUUCCUGUAUCAGGUCGUUUUACAAAUGAACAACGAAUUAUAUAUGAAGCUGUACUUGAUGCUAAUCGUCAAGUAAUGAAAAAUGUUCGACCAGAUGUUUCAUGGGUUGAUAUGCAUCUAUUAGCUGAACGUACACAACUUGAACAUUUAAAACAAGCUGGUCUUAUACAAGGUGAUAUUGAUGAAAUGAUGGAUGUACGUUUAGGUGCUUUAUUUAUGCCACAUGGUCUUGGACAUAUGAUUGGUAUUGAUACACAUGAUGUUGGAGGUUAUCUUGAUCCACAUACACGUUCAACAUUACCAGGUUUAAAAUCUUUACGAACAAAUCGUUUAUUAAAAGAACGUAUGUGUAUAACAGUUGAACCAGGUAUUUAUUUUAAUCAAGCUUUAUUAAAUGAUGGAUAUAAUAAUAAUGAAUUAAAUAAAUUUUUAAAUAAAAAUAUUAUUGAUAAAUAUUUACAUAUUGGUGGUGUAAGAAUUGAAGAUAAUAUUGUUAUAACAAAAGAUGGUUGUGAAUUAUUAACAAAUGUACCACGUAGUUGUGAUGAAAUUGAAGAAUGGAUGAAUAAUAAUAAUAAAGAAAUAGUUGAUAAAAUUGAUUAUCAAUUAUUUGAUCAAUUAAAUAAAAAAUAUCAAUAUAAAAAUCAAUAUUUAACAAUAAAAAAGGACGCUUAA